CCGAGACCUUUCGGACUCACUACUCGACGAGUCACAUUAUUUGUUCACUGGACACCAUAAAACGCUCUACAAUUGUCUUGACCAUCGUCUACCAUAGACUUGAUCUGUGCCCCAAACGAACUGAGGGAGGACCCACUAGUUUCCGAUACCUCGUAACCCCCUGAAUCACCAGAUGGGAAACACAGUUCACCCAAUGCAUAGUUCCUUCGUGAAUGCUGACCUUGUAGAGUGUUUUCUGAGGUUUCUGCCUGACUUUCAAUGCCUUGCCUCAAUAAUCUUGACCUCAAAGGCCAUCUACAACGUCUUUCAACAACAUCCUCGCUCGGUUGUUCGCUCUGUAGCUUACAACUUGAUUGGACCAGCCUUGCCACAAGCACUACGUUUCGUCCGAUGCAAGAAUGCGCAACUAUAUUACAAGCCAGUUGGUGAACUCUUGGGUGAGGACGAUAUUCAGAAAAACCCAGUACUUUCCAGCGAGGACAUUACAAGCCUUGUGGGCAUUUUCACCUCCAUUCAAGAGCUCGAAAGCCUGUUUAGUUGGAGAAUGAAAGACCGACGAUUCAAGACAAGCCAGCUCUCCUUGGCGGAGUCGACACGAUUCCAGAAAGCCAUGUACAGAAUGUCCUUGUUCUCGGCUGUCUAUGGCUGCAAUGCUCACGAGUCAGCUAUUGGAUCCGACUCAGAUCAAGAAGAAAUCGAUUCGGCACUCGAAGAAGCCAAGACACUACGAAAAGGCUUCUUCGGAAGUCUUUCCACUCCUGAGCUGAGGGAUAUUCAAUCACUUGAAACGUUUUUACGAGGAGUAAUCACUCGUGAUUAUGGUGUUUGCUUUGCCACGAUCCCACCUGAAACCUACAGCCUUGAGUCAUCAUUUGUGCUCUACUGUGCUCCCUGGCACCACGUGAUUGAUGUAUAUAAGAGGGGGUUGGACUGCAUCACCGAAUGGGAUUCCGACAUCACUGAAGAAAUUCUUUUCUAUGACGACUUUAUCAUUGAGCCUUUAACCUCUGUCCUAGUAGACAGGACAGAACAGCCUCUCCUUCCUGUCACACAAAAACAGCCUAUAAUUGACGAAAUCGUUGGAGAGCAUGAUCGGUGCUCGCAGUGUCAAUCCGAUACUGUCAAGUGCCUGGAUCUAUGGGGGCCAAGUAACUGGGGCUACCUCUGGGGCACACCACCCCUCCACUCAAUCGUACAAUUACUGAAAGGUCAUGUCGGAGCAAAUCUUGCAGACAGAGCGCAUUUUUUGGCUUUGUUGUGCGAGACACCAGCUGAGGAGCUUGUCGGAGGAUUGUUCGACUACAAGACGCCGGCUUAUAGCACAUGGAACAAAGCAGACUGGUUAUGCCCACAAUGCUUGGAGAAGUUCGUACGUGACCAUCUGCAUAUCUGGUACUUGGGCCAGAAGGUUAAACGAGGAGACGUGAUUCCAAACAACUGCUGGUACGGAUAUAACUGUCGUACACAAACACACAGAUUAGCACACGCGCAGAAAUUGAAUCACUGGUGCGAACCCACCAGGGGAGAUGCCCCUCCGACCAAUGUCUAAGGGUUACAGAUUCUUUUAUGGACCAUGGUGUGUAUUUUUAGGUUCAGUGCUUUCUAUCCUAUUUGCGUAGGCCGCGUAUCAAAAUUUAGCCGCGAUUACCCACACUACCAGCCAGUAUGUCUUGUCUAGCUUAGUGGCUGGGACUAGCUCUGUUUGUAUUCGAGGUUACCAUUCAGAAUGACAUGCACUAGAGUGAUUUGACAACAA